AUGUAUGUCAGGGCAAGAGACCGAGAUCCUGCGAGGAAAGCGCAGUCUGAACGUGCAUUCGAAUUUUGCUGUUAUCCUUGUGAUGUAUGCAUCUCACAAUAUGAAACCCCGUUUUACUUAGACGCACCGACUGCCUUGCGGUUAAAUCUCGUUGGUCCAAGACAACGGCUUCACGAUAAAACGUCCCUUUACGCUGCCAUUAACCAUACUUGCACGCCCAGCGGUGCACGUCGCUUGCGGACAUCCCUUUUGGAGCCACCCAAUGGUAACUACCCCUUGUAGGAUCUUUUGUUCUUAUUAUUCUCUGCUUUCUUUGGGAGGUGUGGGUUAUGUGAAUAUUUGUUUCACCGGGUGUGCCAAGGACUACGAAGGAACAAAGGAGGGAUAAACAAAUUAUCAUUCUGUCCGCUGAUAAUCCACGAGCAACGUGUCGUUACGAACCGGGAAGACUGCAAUGAUAAAAUAAAAGCUUUAUUUUAUGACAGAAUUUUACAGUCAGCGAACAAGAGGCACCUAGUUCUUUACAACAGCCAUCGAGUGGCCUACAAAUGAGGCCGUGUAAGGACACUUCAAAGGGUGCCGACUCACUGCAACCCAGAACGAAAGGCAUGUGGGGCCCAAUAUCUUCCAGACCAUCUAAAGGCGUCCAUAAGGCGAUGUCCAAAUGUUUGCCUCAGGCGGACCCAACCAGAAAACCCUAUGAUAUGGCUAUAUUCUGCCAUACUUAAAGGACGUUUCAGAGGCGAUUGAGCACAUUGUUGGGGGACCAGGUGUUGGAAUUGCACACCAGCCAAAGGAUUCAAAGCGCAGCAAGGUCAUAAAAAAUCAAUGACCAACUAAGUCGUAGUGAGCAGUCGAUUGUUGUGUAUCGUAUCACUUGUAUUAACUGUCCUAAUCUCACAUGCCAAACUGAACGCAUUCUGGUUCGCGCAUACGCGAACACAAGGUGGCCGGACGACGAAUUGACGAAUUUUCAUAAAUGGCUGCUCACACCUUCGAAUAGGGUCGCGAGUGUAACUUCACAGCCACCAAGAUACUCGCUCAGAUCUUAAGCAAGACAGACCUAGGAUUUAUUAAAGCCCGGACCUCGGAUGAGAACUCAGUCGAUGUAUUGACGUGACGCCUACAAUACGAAUCCUGUGGCACUGGUCGUUCAUGGACAAAAACCCCCUUUAACCGUCGCUUUUAUCUCUGACGAUAAACCCCCACACGAGUUAGAAACUCCAGAAAAAUAAACAAAUUGUGCUGGUGCACGACCAGUCUUCUUACCCAAAUAUUUCUGUUCCUCAUUCCACGUCUCAUCUUUCUUCGUCCAUCCUUUUUAUGGUAUAACGCAGGGAGGAUAAUUAUUUUUUAGCUUCAGGUUGUCAUCAUGAAACUUUCCAGACUAGUUCUGAGAGUACUGUUGAUUCGCAGUUUUGCUGCUUGUUAACGAUGUUUUGUCUGUUUGGGAAUGCCUACUUUUAAAGUGCAGUCAUUUGUUUCUGUCUCCUGAGCAAAUGUAUUUCUAUUUUUUUCGAAAUCAUCCAAUUUUCAGUGAAUCUUCGGAGUAAACGAAGCCUAUAUUUAUCGACAUAAGCGAAGUGUCGAAUAAGUCGCUGUCCGUAGCAUGGGACAGACGGCAGCAGCCACUGAGCAGCCAUUGUGCCCAAGUCUGUCUUCGGUUGUUUUUAUCCUGUGGCGUCAUCCGAACAGUAGCAGUAUGAGAUGAAGGGGGGAGAGAGUUUUUCUAACCCGAAACCCAUCCUACUACAAUAAUUACCUAGCAAAAUGGAAAUCGUUAUUUUGACGGACUCGAUACGUCUUUAUACACGCCUUUGACCAAUUCUUAGUACAGAAUAAAUAAAAGUCAUCUUAUCACAAGAAAAAGUUGCUUUAGUACUAACUGCUUUUUCGCCAUUUUCUUGAGGGGGAAUGUGCUUCUCAGUAAGUUCUCAAUUAUCCAAAUUGACCGUAAAAGUCAUCACUCGGAAAUCUGAUUUCGGGUGUGCCGGUUGGGGGAAUAAUUCAUCUAAUGAACAAGUCGAUCUUUUCAAACUUCUGACGACAAAAUUGUUGGGCCAUGGUAAAGUUACGAAGACUCAAAUGUUAUUUAGUCGCCUCUGAUACGCUCUUAUUUCCCUUGAUCUGUUUCCAUUUUUUGCCAAUUUAUCCGACACCUCCUAAGUUAAAUUGUUUUUUGAUUUACAUUGUCUCUUCUUAUGGUAUUCGUAUAUCUACCUUAAACUAGCAUGGCGACAAAUAAUGUGUAUUUUGUACGCCGAAUAUUGGUGAUUUCCAUUCAUACUACUGGAUGUACACGCACUAACUUCCAGUUCAUGUACUCUGGCAUUAUGUUUUUUCAACAUAGCAUGUUUCUCAGAAGCUUAUGUAUUUUCAGCCCCCUGAAAAUUUUAGUGGAAGCGGUAUUUGUUAGAGCUUUCAUGUUAUCCUGAAAGGAAACUUCGUAUUCAUGCGUCAAAUAAACACCUAUGUAAAAUAAUGGUGCUUUUGGCAAGUGCUGUACAUUCAUCAAUUCUGCGAUUUUUGGCUCUUUAGUUCUCUGGACUAAUUUGCAUCAUUACCAACUAACCUGUCCUACUGCAUUUAAAUUAAAUUUUAUAGGUGUUUUAUCAUACUUUCUGUAAAUGUUCGCUUCAGACUUGAAUACCAUCAUUUCCCGCCAGGCCGCAGUCGCCGAGUUAGUAUCGAAACCGCAACUUCUUUUCGAAACACAGGUAUGCUCUUUAGUUUUUUCCCCGACGGUGGAAGUUACGCAGUUAGUCAGGCCCUGCUGUUCAGGCCGGUAGAGUCAAGGUUUACUUUAUAAAGGCGCGUUAUACAAGCCCACAUCUAGUAAUGUUAUUAGUUGAUCUCAACGUUUCCACUAUCGUUUAAUCUGUGAGCAACAUAUGACCAUCUUAGAUUUCCAAAAUGACAGGCAUGAAUAAAAAAAACCUCAGAAUAAUGUUCUUUGGUUUUUAAAUGAAAUCAUUAAAAAAAGGGAAACUGAAGGUCCAAAAUGUUCCGAUAAUGGGCUUUCACAUUAUUAAAUCCCUAUAUCAAAAUGACUCCUUCUGUGCAAUUAGAAUCUGAGAAGGGAGAGACCAAUUUGGGAAGGAUUUAUAGUGGGUCCUGCCGGAAUAUUCGGACGCCCAUCAUCAGGCACCAGUCCCCAUUGCAGCCAGAACUAUAUGAGGACAGAGCAUCUGCGUGUAUCAGUUUGCGUUCUAGUCACCAUAAGUCCUAAAAUGCCCUACCUGUGCCUGUGUUCAGGUCUAUAUAUAACUACGAACAUUUUUCCCAUACGGAUAACCUCAGCAGGAUUUUGCGCUCAACGCCAGUCAUUUUAGGUGGAUAGUACGGAAGCCCUCUUUCUGGGCCCAUCCGAGAAACAUUCAGACAUAAACGUAGACUGGCAAACACAGACGCUACUGCAUUUCUAGUGCUGUCUGCGCGGCAGACGCCCCAGCCCCUUACAGAAUAUGACCUCAUUGUGUCGUUGGAGCAUUUAGAUCUCAAAUAAGGUCGUUUCAGUGAUCGCGCUGUGCCGGUAUCAUGUUUUUAAGGUAGGGGAACGCUGAUAAUAUUGGGACGACCGCCAAGACGUUCAGUACUUGUUUAUAUAAGCAUUUGGAUUUACCUAGAAUUCGAUGUGACGAGGGCAUUUCAGAAAACACCAGAUAGGUUGUAAUGUAAGCUCUCGAGCAAUUAGUACUUGAGACCUUAUAGUGGCUUGUCAACUCAUCCUCUAUUUAAGCGAAAGUCCUAUGCCUCACCGAUAGGUGUGCUUCCCUUUUUUCAGAAUAAAAUCAGUUCUAAAAGGGCAUAUGAAAAUGAGAAACUCGAAAUGGAUUGGCAGUUUUUGACAGGUUUCCGUUUGUCCAAACAUUCCGGCUUUAUGAGAAAGAACUCACUUCCUUUAUUUCUUUUUUCAUCCAGACACUCCUCUCAAAACUGCCUCCUAUUGAUAGCUUGCUGUCAAUGUGCGUAAAACUGUCCGACUCCCAUUCUUCUCAACAAAGUUCGGUGACAACUGUUAGUGCGGCAGACACUCCUACCCGCGCCAGAGAUGACAUUGACAUGGAUAUCACUUUAACUCCAUCCUCUGAAAUCCGGCCGAACGAGGCAACCGCAACAACCCAUGGAUGCGGCAGCUCUAAGGUCCAAAAGACGAUACAGCUCGGAACAGCUGGAAAUCUUUCUGUCAAUAGAUGGAAGACACCGAGCGACGCAAGCACAUCAUCCGCCGGCAGCCGUCUCAUUGAAAAGGAUGCUGAAAUUAGGCUUUCUAAGUUGAUUGGAAUUAAGCACAUGCUGGAUCUGGUCAAGCCUUUGCAUGAUGUGCUUCGAGAUAGCACUUCGGUUCUACUAAAGACCUACAAAGAGGUUGAUAAAGGGCUCUAUGUCUGCAUCCUUAUUUUUACUUAAGCGCUCGGGAAAACAGUAAUUUUUAACUAGCGGUGUGUAUAAAUCUACUUCUAUAGCAUGAUGGAAUGAAAUCGUCUCGAUAGAACCUUACAACCCAUGCUCUGUACUCAUACAGGCGCAUGCGUGGUCAAGGGAAGUCGUCAACAAGAAGGUCUACCAACAAAGACAAGGGAGACCAAACUGACUAUGGUAGAUGGGCGCUCACCGAUCGUGUUACGGAACUCACUCGUCCCGUUGUGUCUUGGGGCUCUCUCUCGAGCCCAACCAGCAGCCGCACAGCGGCGCGUACUAUAGACAGUGUAACAUUACCGACGGCUAAUAAGCCAUAAAUGGCCAUUGCAAUCCCCUUGUCUUUGUCGGCAAUGUCACUCUGCUUAGCUUAAAUAUUUUCGAACGGACAAAUGUUUUCAGUCGGCCCCAGUUUGUUAGGUUUAGGGGGGCCUGCCACCCAAAUCUAUCAUAAUCGCUUCACGUGGGCAAAAAUCUAGAAUUCUGGAACUUUUAAGUAUGCUUUAUCGUCUGCAGUCGAGGGUGGUCCUUGAAAACAAAAGGAAUAUUAAAAUACAAGGACUCGUACAAUCGUAAAGAGGCAAGAUACCUUUCCAGUUUGUCUUUCUUGAUCCACCUUCAUCGGUAGCCGGUUGUUCUCUUACUAGCUAGUCCAGCUUGGGCAUAGGCUCCGGCACACAUGCAGACCGUGUAUAUCUUUCCUUGAAGACCACCAAACUAUAGACCUUUGUAUCAGACAGAAUAAGAGCUAUGGUGCUGGUAUUUAUCAAAUAGACUUAUAUUUAACGUUCCUGUAGUAAAGACAAUGUAGAAACCCAAAUGGUCAUUCAGGCUUUUCUGUCUUUUGACUAUAAACAAUUCCUAUUGAAGAAGUCGUGGGAAUGACUCACGCAGCGGGUAAACGGGUACCCUGAGAUUAAAUCGGUCCACUUGGCUCUCCCAUUUGCAUCGGAUGUUCUGCGCCCUAGUAUACCAGGGACGUACAUCCUAACUAUGUUGGAAACUGAUAUUCCCUCAUACUUCAAGAGGCGAAUCUUUUUGUCUGUCUGACGAACGGUCUGCCGUGACUGCCAUAGCAGGCGCAACGCUAAUUCGGGAGGUUAGCGGUUCGCUUCACUACUUGGACACGAUUUGUCGGUAGUGCGUUCCGUAUUUCCACAGCCUGCGUAAUACAAUUUUUUGUGGCUCUUUGAUAAUUCUGAUUACACCAAAUGUUCUAAACAUCAUCAGGUACAAAUUUCUAUGUGUUUCUUGAGACGACUUUCAGUCAUAAUACUUUUGCUUCUUUUAUGGUAAUUAAGCUUUUUCGCUUCUAACUAGAUACUCUCUAAUAAUGGAUACAGCGACUUGCUGGAGAAGCUUACGAGCGUUCUCCGUCAGGACGUUUGUAUCAGUAAGGGAGCUCUGCAAAUGCGAGUCCAGAAAUGCUUUGCGAUUAAGA